AUGUCAUAUCCACAAUUUGGAUAUCCCUAUUCGUCUGCUCCACAAUUCCUGAUGACAACCAACUCUCUGACCACUUGCUGCGAGUCCACCGGCAGAUCCAUAGCCGACUCUGGUGUAGCGGCGUCCGGGCAGACACCGGUCUACUGUCCCGUGUACGAGAGCCGGCUGCUGGCCACGGCGAGGCAUGAACUCAGCUCAGCCGCCGCUCUGGGCGUGUACGGGAGCCCCUACACUGGCGGUCAAGGCUAUGGGAAUUACGUUACAUACGGCACGGACGCCUCGGCUUUCUACUCGCUGGGCACGUUUGAUACUAAAGAUGCCACAGCUUCUGCACAUGCAGGAAUAACCCAGGCAACAGCCUACUAUCCUUAUGAUCCUACUUUGGGACAGUAUCAGUAUGACAGAUAUGGUUCCAUGGACGGGGGAACGAGGCGGAAGAACGCCACACGUGAGACAACCAGCACGCUGAAGGCCUGGCUGCAGGAGCACAGGAAGAACCCGUAUCCAACUAAAGGGGAGAAGAUCAUGCUGGCCAUCAUCACCAAGAUGACCCUGACGCAGGUCUCCACCUGGUUCGCAAAUGCCAGGAGGAGGCUCAAGAAGGAGAACAAGAUGACCUGGCCGCCCAGAAACAAGGGCUCAGAGGAGAAGAGAUAUGAUGAGGAUGAGGAUGGGUCUCAGGAGGAGCAGAUAAAAAGCGAGAACAAUGAGGAUGAGACCAGAAGUCGGCCUGAUAAAGACCUCCAGCUGAGCGACUUGGACGAUUUCGACACGCUGGAGUCUGAGAGCUCGGAGUGUGAGCUGAAGCACCGAUACCACAUGAACACACACAUGUCCACGACGGGCGACUGCCCCAGCGAACACCUCAUCAAGGACUCGUCUCUGAAAAUCUCCAUCCCUGUUUCUCUGGGAGGGGAGCAGGACUUGAGCAAAGGCUGUCUCAAAACGAACCCGGAGGAUUUCCAAGCGGACAGCAGACAGCAGGUGAAAGCAUGCUAUAACCAACAGCAGCAGCAGCAGCAGCAGCAAGGGCACCAGAUAUUAGACGGAAAACCUCGGAUCUGGUCUUUGGCCCAAACUGCAACGUCCCUGAACCAGACUGAGUACCCAUCCUGCAUGCUGAGGUGCCAGCCGCCGCCCUCCUCCCUCAGCCCAUCCCCCGCCGCUACCUCACCCGUGACCGGCCUGGACAACAGGCAGGACUCGCCGGUCACGACCCUGAGAAACUGGGUGGACGGGGUUUUCCACGACCCCUUGUUCAGGCACAGCACUUUGAGCCAGGCUCUGACCAACACCACCGUCUCUUGGACCACGAACACCAAAGGCGCCAUUCUGGAGGCUGAGAGGAGCUCGGCGGCCUUGCAGCAGCAGCAGCAGCAUCACGACUCCUCCAAAGACAGUGCCAUGACUUUCCCAAAAACUAUCAACAAACUUUUCUGCUCCUAA